AUGAGUGAUGAAAUUCAUGACUUCAAUCGUGGAUCUCAUUCAUUCUAUGGUAUGAUGAGAAUAACUAUAGUCUCUGGGUCUCCAAUAUUGAAUGGUGCAACAUUAUAUAAAGGAUUUAUAUCUGAUAUUUUUGCACCAGUCUACGGACUUCCAAUUACAUUCGAAUGCACUGAAACAUUCAAAAUGAAAAUAGUUCCACUUCAAGAAGACGCAAUUUCGAAGAGAGAAUAUUCUUUUUAUUUUCCAAGCAAAAUACCAGAAGGUUUUGAACAAUUGAGCAAAUGCAUAUUCUAUUCUUCAAUCAAUCAUGGUGCCACAUAUCCAUUUGAACUUAGGCAUCACAUAGAUUCGAUUUUAGAACAAAAACCAUCAAAAUUUUUUAUAGUAGGAAGUAAAGGUGUAGGAAAAUCAACAUUCGCAAGAGUCCUUGCCAACAGAAUAAUCUCAAAAUACAAAAAUGUCGCUUUUUUAGACAUUGAUCCGGGCCAACCAGAGUUUUCUUUACCAGGAUCAAUCUCAUUUUCUAUGUUAUCGUCAUUUAUUUUGGAACCACCUGAAAAACAUUCGAAAUACUCCGAUAUUUCUUAUUAUUUUGGCGGAACUUCGGUUGCUGAUAACAUUUAUCACUUCGAGAACUGCUUAAAAGAAAUAGUACAGCAUAUUCCACCAGAUGUAUUUGUUAUUAUCAAUUCUUUUGGCUGGAUUGUUGAUCUUGGCUUCGAAUUACAUCAAAAGUUUUUAGAAUAUCUCAAUCCAGAGCAUAUAAUCAUGCUUACUAAGCCAGCAGAACAGUUUACGCCUAUUAGAGAUGAUAUUUUCGUUGCUCAAAUUUAUCCAAAACAAUCAGAGUUCGAUAUCAAGCCAAAAGACCAUAGAGACCUUAGGAUAACCACAUACUUUACAACCACAAGAACUCCGGUCUCUUUACAACAACCAAAAUCAAUAAAUCUUCGUUCAAUCAGAAUUGGCUUUGUUUUGGCAGAUGUGGCCCCAACAGAAUCGUUAACGGCUUUAAACGGUUCAGUUGUUGCUCUUUGUCUGGAUAAUAGGAAAUUUGCCAAGACAGAUAGACUUGUAACGCUUUUGAGGGACAUUCCACCACUGCAAUGCAUUGGAUAUGGUUUAGUUCGCGCCAUUGACAAGAGAAAAGGAAUUUUAUAUUUAAUAACAGAUUCAUCACCAGAAGACUUUAAUACUAUUGUCAUGGGAAUUGUUCAUACUCCUGUGCAUUUAUAUCUCGAUACUCCAAGGUCUGAUCCAAAUUAUCUCGGAAUAGGAAUGAGAGAAAGCGCUGGAGCAUCAACAGAACCACUUAAUCUUAAGUCUGAGCAAGUGUUUGAAUAA